AUGGACUUUGAACUUGUGAAACCAACUUUACCGCAAGUGUCAUUGGGUCGCUCUAGUCAAGAAUCCUCGCAUGUUGGACGUGAUGCUGACGCAGUGUACCUUGAUUCCCCUAGUAUCAUGCAAGGCGAUGCUGCCUCGAUGCAUUCGAGCGCCCCACGAUCCCCCAUGUUACCCGAUGCGAUUUCAUCGGGUACCCCGCCAGUGGAGUCGCCUACGUCAAUAGAUGCUCACCGCCAGCGUGAGGUUAGGUGGAUGGCCCUCCUGCCCAUGGUACCUCCAUCACAAGCACGCAGGAACAAGAAGGUCAAGCGUCUCUUGUUGGACGGAGUACCUUCGUCGGUACGAUAUCUGGUGUGGUGUCAUCUUAGCGACAGUAAAGCUCGCGCGAUUCCUGGUGUAUAUGCGCAGCUGGGCAAGAGGCAGAGGGUUCCUGCAUUUUCGGAUAUCGAGAAGGAUGCAAAAACAUAUUUCCCUGAUCAGCCGCAACUGCAUCCCUUCGAUGGCCCUUUAGUAUCACUCCUGCAGGCUUAUCUCAAUAUGGUGCCAGAUAUCCAAUAUAGCUCAGGACUGACUUCCAUAGCUGGUCAUCUGUUGUUGCUAUCACCCGAAGAAGAUGCUUUUUGGAUAUUCGCUUCGUUAAUGGAUGCCCACCUACGUCCGUACUUCUCGGCAAAUACCAUUCAGUUGGAAGUCGACGCUGCAUUGCUCAGCAAAGCCAUCGAAGCUAAUGAUCCUAUUGUGUGCAAAAAGCUUUAUGUCACAUUUAGCAUCUCCCCUAGCGCAAUAGCGAAGUCUUGGUUUGUAUCAAUAUGCACCUCGGGGGUUUCAUGUUUUCUGAUCUUGCACAGGUUCUCUACCCUAUUUGUUGGAACAUUGCCUGUUGAUUAUCUUCACCGAGUUUGGGACGUUUUCUUGUAUGAAGGCGUUACUCUUUUGUUUCGUGUUGGGCUUGCGCUUAUUCAAUGCGUGCGACAUCUACUCUUGCAAGCGACAUCGGAAGAAGCUGCUAUGGAAUACCUUGUUCAUCCACCUCUCGCAUGUUUACCCUCGACAGCAGACGCAUUCCUCAAUCAAGUCCUGAUGAUAAAGCUGAAAGACGACGAUGUUCGAAAGCAACGUAUCAAAAUGGAAGCACAAGUCAAACGCCAAACUCAAUCCCGUACGAAUGGUUCUUCGGGCAUGCAGACUGCAUCCAUAUCUCUUCCGAAAACUUUCUAG